UGCGGCUGCUGCCGAUUGAAUCAGCAUUACAGACGAUCCCAGAAGCCUUUUCGGCGAUUUUCAUCAAACAGAUCAGCGAUGGGAUUACACUAUAAAUUGGCCGUAGGCCUCGAGAAGGGCCACAGGGUCACGAAAAAUGAAUCCAAGCCGAGGCCAUCGCGGCGAAAGGGAGCUCUGUCAAAGCACACGAAGUUCGUUCGCGAUCUCGUACGGGAGGUCUGCGGAUUUGCACCUUUCGAGCGGAGAGCCAUGGAGUUGCUGAAGGUGUCUAAGGAUAAGCGUGCCCUCAAGUUCAUCAAGAAAAGGUUGGGCACCCACCUGCGUGGCAAGAGGAAGCGUGAUGAACUGAGCAACGUCCUCUUGGCCCAGAGGAAGGCACAGGCUCACAAGGAAAAAACUGAGCACAAGUGAACACUUUAUCAUGCCAUGUAAUAAAACUUGUAAAGAGAA